AACAUAUGCGAUAUCACCAAAUGUUUACAAACUUAAUCUCAAAGAGAAGCCGUCUUACCAGGUUUUAGCGCUCAUAGUAAAGUUUAUCACCCUGUAAAAGUUGUACAACAUGGAGCUUCCCAAUAGUGCUUCAAAAAUGAUUGAGGUAACGUUAGCUUGCUAUCCCAGGAUGGGUAGCUUAACCGUGUUAGCCAAUAAGCUGUGCUUCGGGGACCUUUAACUCAUAACAUGGCUCUGUUGUUUAUGGAGUUACAGUUAGCACUUUGUAAACGCGGGUUGUGUUACUAAAUCCACAGGUGAAUUAGUUUGUCUGAAGUCUUAAAAGCACUUCGAAGUUGGCAGGCCGUUGAGCCCAUAUAGAAUUGGUUGACUUGAGUGGGGUGCAGUGCGUACCCAGAGUGCUGUGCAGCCAUGGGGGAGCUGUUCCGCAGCGAGGAGAUGACCCUGGCCCAGCUCUUCCUCCAGUCAGAGUCGGCCUACUGCGCCGUCAGUGAGCUGGGGGAGAUCGGCAUGGUGCAGUUCAGAGAUCUCAACCCAGACGUGAAUGUGUUCCAGAGAAAGUUUGUCAAUGAAGUCCGUCGCUGUGAGGAGAUGGACCGCAAAUUGAGGUACGUGGAGAAGGAGAUCAAGAAAGCCAACAUCUGCAUUGUGGACACUGGGGAGAAUCCAGAAGUGCCCCUCCCCAGAGAUAUGAUCGACCUGGAGGCCACCUUUGAGAAGCUGGAGAACGAGCUGAAGGAGAUCAACACCAACCAGGAGGCGCUGAAGAAGAACUUCCUGGAGCUGACGGAGCUCAAGCACAUCCUGAGGCGCACGCAGCAGUUCUUCGAUGAGGUCAGGGCUGGCGGUAGCGCUAGCAGUGGAGGUGGUGCUGCAAGAAUGGAGGACCCAGCCCUGAUGGAGGAGUCCUCUACCCUACUGGACCCCACCGAGGCGGGCAGAGGAGCUCCACUCAGGCUUGGGUUUGUGGCCGGGGUGAUCGGCAGGGAGCGGAUCCCCACGUUUGAGAGGAUGCUGUGGCGGGUGUGCCGAGGUAACGUCUUCCUGAGGCAGGCCGACAUCGAGGACCCCCUGGAGGACCCUGCCACGGGCGACCAGGUGGACAAGUCUGUCUUCAUUAUCUUCUUUCAGGGAGACCAGCUGAAGAACCGCGUCAAGAAGAUCUGUGAGGGGUUCCGGGCGUCGCUGUACCCCUGUCCAGAGACGCCCCAGGAGAGGAAGGAGAUGGCAGCUGGAGUGCACACCCGCAUCGACGACCUGCAGAUGGUGCUGAACCAGACUGAGGAUCACAGGCAGCGCGUGCUGCAGGCGGCGGCCAAGACGGUGCGCGUGUGGUUCAUCAAGGUGCGCAAGAUGAAGGCCAUCUACCACACGCUCAACCUCUGCAACAUCGACGUCACACAGAAGUGCCUCAUCGCCGAGAUCUGGUGCCCCGUGUCCGACCUGGACUCCAUCCAGUUCGCCCUGCGCCGAGGAACGGAGAAGAGUGGCUCCACGGUGCCCUCCAUCCUCAACCGAAUGCAGACCAAGCAGACUCCGCCCACCUACAACAAGACCAACAAGUUCACCUCGGGCUUCCAGAGCAUCGUGGACGCCUACGGCAUAGGCACCUACCGAGAGAUCAAUCCAGCCCCAUACACCAUCAUCACCUUCCCCUUCCUGUUCGCCGUCAUGUUCGGGGACCUGGGCCACGGCACGCUCAUGACCUGCGCCGCCCUCUACCUUGUACUGAGGGAGAGCCGCCUCCUCGCCCAGAAAAACGACAACGAGAUGUUCAACAUGGUGUUUGCUGGCCGCUACAUCAUCCUCCUGAUGGGGGCCUUCUCCAUCUACACGGGCAUCAUCUAUAACGACUGCUUCUCCAAGUCCCUCAACAUCUUCGGCUCGGGCUGGAGCGUGCGGCCCAUGUUCACCGAGGACAUCAAAGGAGGAGGCAACUGGACGUUUGACACGCUGAAGGACAAUCGCGUCCUGCAGCUGGACCCAGCAGUCAGAGGCGUCUUCCAAGGACCCUACCCCAUUGGCAUCGACCCGAUCUGGAACAUUGCCACCAACAAGCUGACCUUCCUCAACUCCUUCAAGAUGAAGAUGUCGGUCAUCCUGGGUGUCUUUCACAUGCUGUUUGGAGUCUCGCUCAGCCUCUUCAACCACCUCUACUUUAAGAAGCCUCUGAACAUCUACCUGGGCUUCAUCCCAGAGAUCGUCUUCAUGGCGAGUCUGUUUGGCUACCUGGUGCUGCUGGUCUUCUACAAGUGGACGGCCUACGACGCCCGGACGUCGCGAGAGGCCCCCAGCCUCCUCAUCGCCUUCAUUAACAUGUUCCUCUUCAACUACAACGACCCCACCAAUAAACCUCUAUACAGGGGACAGAUGGUCAUUCAGACUCUGCUGGUCCUCAUUGCUCUGGCCUGCGUGCCCUGUAUGCUGAUAGUCAAAACGCUUGUUAUGCGGAAACAGUACCUCUGGAGGAAAAACUUGGGCACGCAGAACUUUGGCGGGAUCCGGGUGGGCAACGGGCCGACGGAAGACGAGGCGGAGAUCAUUCAGCACGACCAGUUGUCACAACAUUCCGAGGAGGAGCCCGAGCAUUCGAGCGAGGAAGAAGUGUUUGACUUUGGGGAUGUGGCAGUGCACCAGGCCAUCCACACUAUAGAGUACUGUCUGGGCUGCAUCUCCAACACAGCGUCCUACCUGCGGCUCUGGGCCCUCAGUCUGGCUCAUGCACAGUUGUCUGAGGUGUUGUGGGGCAUGGUGAUGAAGAUCGGCCUGUCCUCCAGGAGCUUCGCCGGCUUCUUCCUGCUCACCGUCAUCUUCGCCUUCUUCGCCACCCUCACAAUCUGCAUCCUCCUCAUCAUGGAGGGCCUCUCCGCAUUCCUACACGCGCUCAGGUUGCACUGGGUGGAAUUUCAGAACAAGUUCUACCAGGGUCAGGGCUUCAAGUUCAUGCCAUUCACAUUCGACAGCAUCCUGGAGGGAAAGUCUGAGGACUGAUGAACAACCCACUCAAUCAAUAGCAAACUCACCCUCUACAAAGAAAAAACACAGCCAAUCAGAUGAAGGAAUUUAGAAGAUCCCUGGAAUGACGAUGGGUGGCGAUUGGCAGGUGCACCAGUGUUCUGAAAAGCUAAAGCUAUCAUAUUAAAAGCUCCAACAGUCACAAAAUCAAUGCACAUGCUCAUGAUAGUAGUUGAUUAUGGUUUUCUGAAUUUCGGCGCAAAACAGAUGGUUUCUCAACAUUUUAACCAUUUUCCGGUAGCAACAGAUUUUGUGGCACUUAACGGCUAGCUAUUCCUGUUUCUUGUGUUUUGAGUCCGUUUUUAGUCUGUCUAUUUGUUGUGUAAUCUAGUUGGAUAAGUUAUUGGAGUCCUGUUAUUGACAUGCGUAGUGUACACUUUGUGUUUGUGAUGCGUCUAAUACCCGGUUUCUGUAGAGAGCAAUCUUUUUGUUGUGCAUGUCUGUGUGUGCAUUUGCUCGUUUUGUUUGUGAUUGCUUGAGCAUUAGCAUACAGGUACAACCCGCAUUGCAUAAGUGAGCUUGUCUGAAGUCAGGGGGUCUGUCCAUCAAAUUGAGUAGCAGGAGGUGGGAACUAUGGUGGCUCAGCUUGUAUGUGAAUCGCCCUAGUACUCCUGCCUCUGUUGUCAGAGGUCGGUGAGAUAUGAUGGAUACGAACAAACAAAUAAAUAAAUAAAUAAACUGGCCGCCAGUGAAACAUCCGGAAUGAGCUGCGCCUCGUCUCUGCCUCAUACUGUAUGUCCACUACCUGGACUCACCAGUGGCUCGGAUCCUCGUUUGAAGUUCAGACUCCUUCCAUUGAAGCUGUGGAGGCUGGUAUGGGAAUGGUCACCACCUCUGUGCCAUCUUGCCUGCUGCCCACUAGAUCCUGAAUACACUCACUCCCUUCCUUUCCACACAGUCACGCAGGCACUCGCGUGCAUACCAGUACCAGAUCUCACACAAGACGAGACGGACAAAAAUCAAAAUGAGGAUUAUGAAAAGUUCUGCACCUGCCCGCCUUGUCCCACUGUAAAGGUUUUAAAGGGAUUUUUAAUUGUUUGUGUGUGUGUGUACUGUUAGCACUUAACGUUGUGGGAGGACUCGCAGGAUCCACAGAUGCACAAUUGCUACGUUUACAUGACUGGUUUUAAUUCCUAAUUAGCUCCAUUUAAUUCUGAAUAAAGCUUAAUUCUGCUUUGAAAACGUCAUGUAAACGCUUGUUUGUGUUAAUAGUUAAUAGCCUUAAUUGUGUUAAUAGCCUGUGUCUCCCCUGUGCUCCGCUCCCACAACUGGAGAUCUUAGAACUGCUCCAUAGCUAGAUGGCCACACAUAUCCAAAUAUAGCCACAGCCACACCCUACACAUCAACCCUCCAUUGGAAUGGAUUUAGUUUUUUUUGUUUUGUUAUGUGUUUGUGGUCAUACAUUGAAGGUGUCAUUCCGUCAGGUUCUCUAUUUUUGUUAUACUGUAUGUGUUUCUUUCUGUAUUUCUUUGUUUUUUCUGUUUUUGUCUCAUUUCCGUAUUUAAUUUCUACAGAAAGCGGUGUGGAUUGUAAGAAAUAAAACAGGCAUCGCAGAACUCAAAACGCACAUCUCACAAAGCAUUCAUUUUACAGCACAACAGUCUUGAACAAGGCAGGGAACAUUUUAAGUCUUGAGCUCCUUGAUGUUUCUGUCGAAAAAAAAAGAAAAACCUUGUUUGUCGUUGUUCAUCAUUGUGCAAGUUUACAACAAGACCUAUCUGGCUCUUCUUGGAGAGGGGGUGGGCACUACACUAUUGAAUUGUGGGACAUGUAGUCUUAAAGGGUGUUCGUUCAGGGAGCCGUGAUGUGAAUGGGACUAAAAGGUCUAGUUGACUGCCGGCGGGGCUGUUGUAGGAGUUCUCUAUUGUGUGCUUUUUGUCAAUAAACAGGAAAAGAAAUGUGAA